AUGCUCGAUGAGUUUGUGAACCGCUCCAAGACCCCACAAGUACCGUACGAGUUACCUACACAAAGUAUCACGGUUAUCAAACCGGAAACUGGAGAUUUCAAACAAAAAUUUGUGAAGCGAAAUCCGUCACUUGGAAGGCGAGAGCGGAACACGGGCCUGUGUUAUAGUAAGUAG